AUGACCUGCAGCGAUGUUAUCAGCGCUGCUUCCUUGAAGAGUCUUACCCCGGCUGAAGUGCGUAAGCCCCUGACUGCUGAGCCCGGGGUGGUCAGCCACCAGGAUGAGUCUUUCGCGAUGAGGGCCAAAGUUGUGCCCCGAAGCAAUGUCGAAGUCUUGCUGCACUGGUGUGCGGGAUGUCUCGAAUGUGGGAGGAAUUCGUCCAAGAGCUGA